UUUAUGUAAUGUUUACAGAUUAGAAGGAGUAUGCGAUUUGCAUCCACCUUGAUAGAAAUUGGUAAUAAAUUUCGUCGCGAAUAUUUAAAUUCUUCUGACGACACAGACAAAACCAUAUUAGAUGAUGACUGGCAGAAAGUAAAAGCAAGAAAUAGUAGAUCGGCAAUGGGCGGUCCUUAUAUUGCAGUUCAUUUGAGAAGACAAGACUUCGUCCGCAGUCGACCGACGGAGAUUCCCAGUAUUAAAUAUGCAUCGGAACAGAUAACAAAGAUACUGAAAAAGUAUUCUCUAUUGAAAGUGUUUGUUGCAACAGAUGCACCAAAUUAUGAAUUUGAAGAGUUGAAGUUGUAUCUUAAAAAUGUGGCGACCGUGGUAAGAUUUGUGCCAAGUAAAGAAAUUUUGAAGAGAUACAAAGAUGGUGGGGUAGCAAUUAUUGAUCAGUGGAUAUGUUCUCAUGCAAGGUACUUUACUGGUUCCUACGAAUCAACUUUCUCGUUCCGGAUCCAGGAGGAGCGUGAGAUCUUGGGAUUUCCAGUUGAUUCCACCUUCAACAGAUUGUGUGGUGAUGGAAAGAAGAAUUGUGAGCAACCUGCUCGGUGGACUGUCGUCUACUGAUGGGAUGGUUGAGGAAGAAUCACUUGGUUAAAAAGGCCCAAUGAGGGCUUGGUCCAUCACCGGGCACUUUUUUGCUCCUUGGCCAAAUAUCUUACCAGUCAUUAGUUCUCUUAAAAAUAAUGAACCGGAGGCAUCGACAACAUUGCUAGGUAGAACUUAUUCAAACUCUCUCACUUUUCCAUUGAACAGUGCCGAACGUCGUCUUCAGGCUGCAUACAAAGGUGGGGAAGGAAGUUGAGAACAUUCAAGGACAUUGUAAACUACUGUACACAUUUUUAUUACUUUAUUAUAUGUACUACUAUCUGUUUCUAUAUUAAAAAUGUCCAUAUUAUUGUAGACUUAAAUAAAUCUACCCUCUAUCUCUAUCACUCUUUUCAUAGU